AUGACACUUUUUCUUGCUUCUCUGUGUCUUCUGGGAAUGUCUCUGUAUGUCUUGACUAAAUGCACUGUCCCAGCGUCAGAGUUUCAGCUAGAGGGAGAUUAUUUGUUAGGUGGACUUUUUGACAUUCAUCAUGUCAGUGACUCUGUUUAUCAGGACAGACCAGAAGCCAUCGACUGCUCCAGGCAACCUUUCCUUCUCCCAAAUUAUCGAAGGUUUCAGCUGAUGAGAUUCUCUGUAGAGGAAAUCAAUAACUCUACCAACCUACUGCCUAAUAUGUCUCUUGGCUAUGAGAUAUUUGACCACUGCUCAGAUACACAAAAUUUUCCAGGCAUUUUGAAACUCCUUUCAGUCAAUGGCUUGAUCCAACCUUUGGGUAAACCACACAAGUUCAAUGUGUCCAAAGUGAUAGCACUGGUCGGUCCUUUGACAAGCACUCAAUCCAUGACUGUAGCCCCACUUUUUAUGAUGAAUCUCAUCCCUAUGAUCAGUUAUGGAGCUUCCAGUUCUGUCUUUUCAGAAAACAUAAAAUUCCCCUCUUUCCUGCGAACACUUCAUUCCAAUAAAGAUGUCAUUGAAGUGAUUGUUAAUAUCAUACUACACUUCAACUGGCGCUGGGUUGCUUUUCUUUACAGUGAUAAUGACUAUGGCAAAGAUGGACAGGAAUUGUUCAUUAAAAGGAUUAACGAUACUGAGAUCUGCCUGGCAUACACCAAAGGUCUCAACGACGAUACAAACUACGUCCAAAUGUUCAAACAGAUAGAGAAACAGAAGAUAAACAUCAUAACUGUUUUAGCUCUAAAAAUGAGGGCUGAACCUCUCAUUGAGUCAGCAAUACAAUUAAAUGUCACCAACAAAGUGUGGAUAGCUGAUGACGGAUGGUCCCUAAACAAGAGACUCUCCAAGAAGAAAGAAAUAAAAAAUAUUGGAACUGUACUCGGGGUGUCUCAGCCAGUAGUGACAAUACCUGGUUUCACAGAUUUCAUUCAUUCUUCCAGAAGCCAGACUCAUUGCGAAAAGGCAGAACAACGUAUGUUUUGUAAUCAGGUUUACAACUGCAGCAGCCCGAGUGUGAAAGAUGUCAUCGCUGCAGACCCAUCUUUCUCUUUUCCUGUUCAUGCUGCUGUAUACGCCAUCGCUCAUGCCUUACACAAUGUCUUGCAAUGUGGAGCCGGCAGAUGUAAUACCAACAUUACAGUGUACCCACACAUGGUUUUAGCAGAGCUGAAGAAGUCAAACUUCACACUUUUAAAUCAAAAUAUUCAGUUCCAUGAGAAUGGUGACCCAAACUACGGAUCCUUUUCUAUCGUUUUCUGGAACCAAAAUGGUGAUGCAGAGGAGAUCGGCUUUUAUAAAUUUCACCCAGCAAUCAAUUUUUUUAUCAACAACAGCAAAAUUCAGUGGCAUGCAGAUGGAGAAGUGCCCACUGCACUUUGUUCCCCUGAAUGUCGUGUGGGAUAUGCAAAAAAGCAAGAUGGAAUCCAUGAAUGCUGCUUCACUUGUGAAAUCUGCCCAAAUGCAACUUAUAUUAACAGCUCGGAUGAUCCCUACAAGUGUAUCAAGUGUAAGGAGACAGAAUGGUCUGCAGUAGGAAGUACAUCCUGCAGUCUGCGGGAGGUGGAGUACAUCCCAUUCACAGACGGUGGGGCUAUACUGAUCAUGGUCGGGGCCUGUGCGUUGGUGGGCCUCUCACUAGCCAUGUCCGCUCUGUUUGCCAUCAACUACAACACACCUGUUGUCAGAUCUGCUGGGGGACCAAUGUGCUUCUUAAUUUUAGGCUGCCUCAGUCUGUGUAGUCUUAGUGUGUUCUUUUACUUUGGUAAGCCAACAACUUCAUCUUGUAUCUUAAGGUUCUUACCAUUUUUCUUGUUCUACACUGUUUGUCUCGCAUGCUUUGUUGUGCGCUCUUUUCAGAUUGUUUGCAUUUUUAAAAUAGCUGCCAAGUUUCCCAAGAUCCACAGCUGGUGGAUGAAAUAUCACGGACAAUGGCUGAUCAUCUCUGUGGCAUUUGUGACUCAGGCACUCUUACUUAUAAUUGUCUAUACUUAUGCACCCCCCAAACCCUACAAUGAAACAUUUUGGUACCCAGACAAAAUCAUUCUUGGUUGUGACAUUAAUUUCAAAGCAUUCUUGGGUCCUGUUGUUUUACUUUUAUCUUUGUGUUUCCUUUGCUUUUUUUUCUCGUACAUGGGAAAAGACCUCCCAAAAAAUUACAAUGAGGCCAAAGCAAUAACCUUCUGCCUGCUCCUGCUGAUCCUCACCUGGAUCAUCUUUGCCACUGAAUACAUUCUGUACCAUGGAAAGUACAUCCAAACACUUAACGCUCUAGCAGUACUCUGCAGUCUCUUCUCUUUUCUGUUGUUUUAUUUUCUCCCAAAAUGUUGCAUCAUAAUUUUUCAACCCCACAGAAAUACACAGGAAUACUUUCAAGGUCUCAUUCAGAGUUAUACCAAAACAAUCAGCCAGUAG